AUGGAUGCGAGGAAACUCAGUAAUUCAAUAAUUCACUCCUUUGUGUCCGUAGCUGUAGCGGUGCAACGUAUUCAAGAAGAUAAGAAUAUCGAUCAUCUACCGAGCUCUAUACUGGAAAAGGAGGCACUGCUUCUAGACUUUGCUUGGGAGCGUUUGAAUACCGGUCAUUUUUCUGAAGUUGAUGAGUGUUGGAGACUGCUUUAUGCUGCUGUUUCAUUGGUGAAGUCUGUUCGGCUCGCGUCGGCAGGGCAAGUGCUAUCGCAGCUGCUGAUUUUGGGCUUGUUGAUGGGAGAUGGCAUUCCGGAUCAAAUUCUGCAAAGAUAUGCUCAGUUCUGUGAUGGUCUUCUUCCUGUUCCAUCGGAAAUAAUCGAAAGUGAUAUGACCCUGUCAGUGCCGAGGAGUUUGCCCAAUUCUGUUCCUAUAAAGGCUUUUGACGAGCUAUCGAAGUGGGACUUCAUCGAUCAGUUUCUCACUCGAGCCGAGCCUGUCAUCGUCAGAGGUCUCAAUAAUCACUGGCCAGCAUGCAAAACUUGGAGCUUUGACCACCUUCAUCGUAUUCUUUGCCAUCGCGUCGUUCCCGUGGAACAAGGCUCAAAAUAUACGGACAGUGACUGGGCUCAAAAACUCAUGACUGGUUCAGAGUUCUUCGCCACUCUUCUUGAGGAUAAGAGCAGACCUCUGUAUCUUGCCCAGCAUCGGAUUUUCGAUCAGAUACCUCAGCUUUGUGACGAUUUUUCUCUUCCAUUAUACUGCGACCAUUGUGAAGUAAGUCUAAGAAGUUUUCCAGCAGCUGUGAUAAGCCAGGAUUCUGUUAAUCUGCGUAAUCGAAACGUGGAUAAAAAUGGUUGGAUCGGACCCGGAAGUACUGUGUCACCUCUUCAUACGGAUCCAAGAGAAAAUAUUUUUUGCCAGAUUUUGGGCCGCAAAUUCUUUCGUCUCGUCCCUCCAUCUGAUUCAGAAAAUGUGUACGCUUUCAAGGAUGGCAUCAUCACCAAUACCAGCCAGGCAGGUGUUGACGUGUUAAACCCGGACUUGGAGAAGUAUCCAGAUUUUGCGAAGGCACAGUGUUGGGAUGGUGUUGUGGAAGCCGGAGAUGUCUUGUUCAUCCCUCAGGGCUGGUGGCACCUGGUUCGCAGCUCUUCUCCAAUUCGGUUUCCAUUUCGUUUUGGUUUGAUA